AUGGCUGCUGGAGGGAGAGACCCUGGUGCUGGCCAUGUGGAGGAAGAAGCCUCGCAGCUUGUCUUUCCCAGAGAGUUUGAAACAGCACAAACUCUCCUCAAUUCAGAAGUGCACAUGCUGCUAGAGCAUCGAAAGCAACAGCAUGAAAGUGGGCAGGAUGCACGAGGACUUCCAUUGGUUUUCUGGAAAACUUUAGAUUAUGCUGCCCGCUUUAGUCGUUUUCAAAACAGGGAAACCAUUGCUAGUGUUCGGGGCUUGUUACUCCAGAAGAAGCUCCACAAGUUUGAGUUGGCUGCUUUAGCAAACCUUUGUCCUGAGACAGCAGAGGAGGCCAAGGCUCUGAUUCCAAGCCUAGCCGGUCGAUUGGAAGAUGAAGACUUGCAAGAGGUCCUUGAUGAUAUUCAGACCAAGAGGAGCUUCCAGUAUUAA